AUUCCUUUUAUUAAAAAUAACCGCGUUUUCCACCAACUAGGCCUUCUUAACACUCUUCUCGUCCUCGGCGCCCCAUUAGUUCAUCAUUCCGAUGGGUUUAGAUCGAAAAGACAUAAGUUUAGGAGGUCCAAUGCCUUUAGUCUUCCAGAAGAAAAGUAUCUUGUUAAAGCCCUCUAUGAUGAUUUACCCGAAAACGCUAAGAAUCGCUAUCUUCCCAGCAAAAAGGUCGCCAGUAUCAGCUUAACUUCAACCGGCUCCAUCGUCAUUGGUUCAGAUGGUGCUCAUUCCAAAACUCGCUCCAUCAUGCGCCAUCUAGCUCUCGAAGUUGAUCCAUGUCUUGCUUCAGUCUGGGAUCCUGAGCAACCGUUCACGGCGACAUACCGGUGCCUCUGGGGGUCGUUUGAUAGGCCUUCUGACCCGGGCGACAGUUAUGAGACUCAAGGUCGAGGCCGCAGCACCGUCUAUCUUACAGGCAUCAACAAAAGCUGGAUAUUCCUAUACGAGAAACUCCUCCCGGCGCCCGAAGACGAGGGUCAGUUACAGCGAGAAAGAGAUUCAGUCAACUCAAAACAAGCUUUGCGGAUUGACGGC